AUGUUCUCCAUGCUCGUCCAGACCCUCCUCGUUCUCCUCGCCGCCACCACGGCCCUUGCGGCCCCGGCCGGCCGGAAUCACAAGUGGCCCCGCUUCACCGUCCCCCAGCAGCACUUCGAGGUUCUCAGCAUGCGCAGCCAGGAGCCCGUGAACCCGGCCGCCAUGCUGGAGGCGACCUGUAUCGACCGCAAUGCCCACAUCGUCUUUCACGACCAGAACGCCGCCGAGCUGGCCAUCUGCGGCGGCAUCUCGGGCGACGUCGCCGCGUGCCGGGGCAGCCCCGCCACGACCGUAGGACAGGCCGGCUCCGCGCGCUUCACCCUCCGGCCUACCGUCGCAGGCGCGUCCCUGACCAUCGCCAAGGCCCGGUGGGAGCAGUGCGUCCGCGCCGCCCGCGACAAGUGCCCGACCGGCAGCGUCCGCGCCGUGUGCGCCGGCGGCGCGACGACCGGGGACGUCGAGUUCACGCUCGAGAACGCGCAGAACGCGCAGAGCGGCGCCGAGCUGUGA